CGCAAUUACAUAUCAGUUAAUCUCCUUCGCCAUCAUUCCCUUUCAUUUUCCAGUCAGUCUCUUCUUUCUACGACUCGCCAUUGGGAUUUCUUGUGCUUCCUGGCGCCGAGGACGAUAUUUUCUUCUUUACUUCUUUCUAGUAAUUCCAUCCUUCGAAACGGAACGAAAACCCUGAUAUCCUCCUUACGAAACCCAAUCAUGGGUCUCCUCCAAGAACUUGCGAGCCACCCGCUCGCACAACAAUAUCAGGAGCUUCCCCUGGCCCAGCAAAUUGGAAUUGGCUUUGGAGCUUUCGUAGUUCUCUCUGUCGUUCUCAAUGUACUCAACCAGCUACUCUUCAAGAACCGCAAUGAACCACCCCUGGUCUUCCACUGGUUCCCCUUCGUUGGAAGCACUAUCACAUACGGAAUGGACCCCCCUAAAUUCUUCAGGGAGAACCGUGCCAAGCAUGGUGAUGUCUUCACCUUUGUCCUCCUCGGAAAGAAAACCACUGUCGCUGUUGGCCCCACUGGAAACGACUUCAUCCUCAACGGAAAGCUCAAGGAUGUAUCUGCCGAGGAGAUUUACACUGUUCUCACUACUCCUGUCUUCGGCAAGGAUGUCGUGUAUGAUUGCCCCAAUGCCAAACUCAUGGAGCAGAAGAAGUUCAUGAAAAUCGCCCUCACGACCGAAGCCUUCCGAUCAUAUGUGCCUAUUAUCUCCUCCGAGGUUCGCGAUUACUUCAAGAAGAGCCCCGAUUUCAAGGGCAAGUCCGGUAUUGUCGACAUUCCCAAGAAAAUGGCCGAGAUCACUAUCUUCACUGCCUCGCAUGCCCUCCAAGGCAGCGUUAUCCGUAACAAGUUUGACGAGUCUCUGGCCGCUCUCUACCACGAUCUCGACAUGGGUUUCACUCCCAUCAACUUUAUGCUUCACUGGGCUCCUCUGCCCUGGAACCGCAAGCGCGAUCACGCCCAGCGCACUGUUGCCAAGAUCUAUAUGGACACCAUUAAGGAGCGACGCGCUAAGGACAACGAUGACACCGAGCACGAUAUGAUGAAGCAUCUCAUGAACUCUACUUACAAGAACGGCACCCCUGUCCCUGAUCACGAGGUCGCCCACAUGAUGAUUGCUCUUCUCAUGGCUGGCCAGCACUCUUCUUCUUCUACCAGCUCUUGGAUUAUGCUCCGUCUCGCUCAGUACCCUCACAUCAUGGAAGAGCUGUACCAAGAGCAGGUUAGAGAGCUCGGUGCUGAUUUGCCUCCCCUGACUUACGACGACCUUGCCAAGCUGCCCCUCAACCAGGCCAUUAUCAAGGAGACUCUCCGCCUUCACGCUCCUAUUCACUCCAUCAUGCGCGCCGUCAAGUCUCCCAUGCCUGUUCCUGGAACCAAGUACACCAUCCCGACCUCGCACACUCUUCUCGCCGCUCCUGGUGUCAGCGCUACCGACUCGGCCUACUUCCCCAACCCCGAUGAGUGGGAUCCUCACCGAUGGGAGGCCGACUCUCCCAACUUCCCCAGAAUGGCUAACCGUGGCGAUGACGAAGAGAAGAUCGACUACGGCUACGGUCUUGUCAGCAAGGGUUCUGCCUCUCCUUAUCUGCCCUUUGGUGCUGGUCGUCACCGAUGCAUUGGCGAGCACUUUGCCAACGCCCAGCUUCAGACAAUUGUUGCUGAGGUUGUGCGUGAGUUCAAGUUCCGCAAUGUGGAUGGCGGCAACACUCUGAUCGACACCGACUACGCCUCGCUUUUCUCACGACCCUUGGAGCCCGCCAACAUCCACUGGGAAAGACGACAGCAGUAGAAUUGGCCCCAAAUAAUGAUGAGACAACACGAAAUAAGUUGUAUACAUGCGGCAAACGCAAUGGGCAUGCUCGGGAGUUGAGUGUUUUGUAAUGGCUGGCCUGGUUUUUCCAAAAAUAAGUCAAUUGUCAUGCCAUGCCAGCAAAGAUCUGGCGAUAGAAUCUAUAAAUCUUUUAAUAAGCAACGAUUAAAUUAUGAAUCAACACGAUUUUCUGC